AUGACCAUUGCAAACAUCAUCAAUGAGUACAGCGAUGAAAGUGAUGUUGAGGCCUUGGCCGGUUUGGAGGCGAUGCGUAUGGCCGAAGCCCAGGAAGCUGACGCGAACAGCAGAGGUAGUGCUCUCUUUGGUUACUAUGGCUCCUCAUUGGCGAACCUGAAUGAGACCGAUGAUACUGAGGUCCCCAUGGAUAUGAGUACGCUCAGCGGAGGCUAUGAUGCCCAUAUGUCCUACGGAGGCGAUCCGAACACUCUGGCUGCAGGUCCCGACGCGAAUGGAUCCAAUUCAUUGUCAGCAUCAAACUCAAUGCGCCGAUCUGUCGGUUCCAGUAACCAGGAGAGCAUGUAUGAGCACGGUAUGAACCUCCAGUCCCGUGCACCACCAGUAGCCCGCGUGGAUGCCGGGGGUACUGGAGGACUGACGGAUCCUGAUGCUCUCAAUCGGAGACAGAGCUUUGACGAAGGCGAUGAAUACAGCCUCACGGAUGACAUUGCACAACCUGGCGAGCCUCCGGACAUGUUUUUCCAUCCCGGUCACUCUUCUCAAAGUCACGAUAGGCCUCUUCCACCCCCUCCAAUCGUUUCCGAAAAUGCAGUCCCACGUCUAAACACAAGUUUGCUCCACCAACGCUCGAAUUCGCUCUCUCAACCGCAGUACCGUAUGACGCCCGAUAAUUACACGCCAUCCACACUGGACUCUGGCGCUGGUACGUUUCCACGGUCUGCAUCGCUUCUCAACCAUAGUCAAACACCACAAGUACACCAGCCAGCGAGGUCCAAGACGGAUGCUGAGGAACGAAGACUCAAGCAAGGAUACCGAGGUUCUAUUUACAAUACUUUCGAUUCGACACCUGCCGCAAGCACUGUCGCUCUUGAUCUGCCUAGUCUGCCUACCAAGCGCUUCAAUCCUGCUAAGCUUGGUGGAUCCGACUUCAAAAAGUGCGAAGAACCUUGGGCAUUGAGUUCGAUUCUCCAGUGGUUAUUCCUCGUCGCGGAUCCUGAAAAGAUGACCGAGUUGAAGGAAUCUAUGGUCAAGGAAGCUCUUGUUGCUCUCUUCACCAACAAGGUUCCUACCAUGAAUAUUGCUGAUGCUGAGGUUUUGAGUAAUCGUGUCGUCGAGAACAUGUAUGCGGCAAAGACAUUGAUUGUCGUUGAAGAGUGGGUCAGACUCAACCCAGGACACAUGAGUGGUGUCAUUUUCCAGUUGACGCUCAACGGAUGCUACUCGCAUACUGUCCACAACCAUAUCUUCCCAGGUCGUUGCUAUGCUCACCAUUGCCAACGCACUCUGAAGAAGGUCAAUCUACAGGCCGUCUCAACUCGGGCUUCUGAGGACUGGGCAACUUUCUACAAGCUCAAGAAAGAGGACGUUGAAGGCCACGACAAAAAGGAGAUUGAGUUGCAAAACAAUUUACACGAAAUCGUACAGACCGAAGAGGGUUUUAUGGAGAACCUCGACGUCAUGAUUCGUCUUUACCGCGAUCCUUUGGCUACCGCAAACCCAUCUAUCAUCAGCCCCAACCGCCAGGAGAGAUUUUUGCGCGACGUCUUUGGUAAAUUGGAUCUGGUCAAGAAAGCGAACGUCGAGCAUCUCUUGCCACAACUCAAAUACAGACAGCAAGAACAAGGACCAUGGGUCAAAGGCUUCAGCGACAUCUUCAGGCAAUGGAUCCGCAAGGCCAAGACCGCGUAUAUCGAAUAUGCUACCGGAUUUCCUAGCGCUAACUCUUUGAUGCGACAAGAGCUGGAGAAAAACAUCAGCUUCCGUAAUUUUGUGGAAGUAGCAAGAGUCAAUAAGCUGUCCAACAAGCUCGGAUGGGACAACUAUCUUAAGGCUCCUAUCACAAGGUUACAGCGUUACAGCUUGCUUUUACAAACGGUUCACAAGAAUAUGCUGCAGGAUUGCGAGGAAAGAACAAAUCUGGCUACUGCAAUAGAGGAGAUCCGGGCUGUGACUCUGGAGUGCGAUUCACGUGUUGCCGACCAGCAAAGAAAGGUCGAUCUCUCUGAUCUAAGUCAAAAGCUCAUGCUGAGACCUGGAAUGGCAUCCGAGGUUGAGCUCAACUUGACGUCCAUUGGACGAGAGUUGAUUUACCAAGGAGACCUUCAGAGAAUGGGUACCAGCAGAUUCACGUGGCUAGAAUGUCAUGCUCUUCUGUUUGAUCACUAUCUCGUCCUCGCAAAGGCUAUCUCAGUGUUGCAAAAAGGUGCUCCAAACAAAGUGGAAAAGUACGACGUCUCGAGAUUGCCGAUUCCAAUGGACUUGCUAGUUUUGGAGAACAUAAACGAGGAUGCAGUGGUCCGAUCUUCAUACGUCAAAGGCAUCACAUCCGUCACUCCUCUGCAGGCAAGGCCACCGCCGUCGAGUCCGGAUUUGAACAAGAUGGCUCGCAUCACGACAGCCCAAUCGGCUCAUCCCACUCUGGCCUCCGUCAACACGGGCUCGUCAAUGACAAGUCUGAACAGCGUCGCUUCUGCGCCCUCCAAGAUGUCCAGCACCACUGUUCUUGAUGGCAACAAAGAUUCGGAAAAGAUUAUGUAUCCAUUCCGCAUCAAGCACUUGGGUAGCAAAGAGCCAUACACUCUCUUCGCAGCCACAGCUGGUAGCAGAAGUGACUGGUACAACAAAAUUAUCGAGGCUAAGACCAAACACGCUGCUGCCCUCUUUGCCCAAAAUGCGGAGCCCUUCCGGCUCAGGGUCAUUGCCGAUUCUGCCUUCUACUACGACUCGAACGCGAAUCCCAAAGACCAUCUUGGGGUCAGUAUGGGCGGAAAACCGGUCAUCAUCAAAGGCACGCCCCUCGAUCGUGCUGUCAAGGAAGUCGAGCACAGAUUUCAAGCCACAGGUCGUCCAGCUCCAAUCUGUAGAGCGCGAGUCAACUGUGCUACCAGCUUUACAACCUCUUAUCCUGGCACGAAACACAUGGUUGCAGUCGGUACUGACUUUGGUGUCUACUGCUGCGAGAUGGACAACCCCAGAGGCUGGUUCCGCGCAAUUGCAGGCACGAAAGUCACACAGGUCGCAGUGCUUGAGGAAUUUAACUUGUUCUUGCUCCUUGCUGACAAGAUACUCUACGCGCAUCAUCUCGACGUAGUCUGUCAGCCUCUUGCCACCAGUGCUGCCGAGACAUCAUCUUCGCGCAAGGCACCGCAAAAACUCUCAGGCAGCAGAGAUGUAGGCUUCUUUGCUGUCGGUCGUAUGAAGGAUCGUACGCUGGUGUUUUACAAGAAAAGAGACGGUAUCUCAUCGACAUUCAAAGUGUUGGAGCCCAUUUACCAGAAGUCAACUGAGAAGAAACGCGGCAUAUUUAAGCGCGGAAAUACUGAGUUCUUCCGUGACUACGACGACUUCUACAUCGGCACUGAAUGUCACGGCAUGAACCUCUUCCACAGCAGUCUUGCCAUCAGCUCAGACAAGGGCUUUGAGGUACUAACAUUGGACAAGAAACAGCCAUGGAGCGUACCAGACUGGAAGGCGCCGGAAGUUAGUAACAUCCUGCGACACGUCGAGAAGCAAGAGACCUUGGGCAUGCUCCGACUCAACGAUCAAGAGUUCUUGCUCUGCUACAACCUCUGCGCGGUCUACGUGAACAAGCAUGGCGAAAUCAGUCGUUCAGUCGUCAUGAACUUUGUCGCCAACGCGAAGAGCGCUGCCUUGUACGGUCCCUACUUGGUUCUGUUCGACAAUGAAUUUGUCGAAGUGCGCAAUGCGCAAAAUGGUCGCCUGAAACAAAUCAUUGCUGGAAAAGACAUCAAAUGUCUUGAUGAUGGCGGUGGUGGCACAUUGAGCGGCGGCAGUACUAACACUGGCGUCGUCAAUGGUGUACCUGUCGGCUACGGUGCUGCUAGCCGUACCAUCAAGAUCGUCAUGCAGCAUCCCGCACUCGAGAAGACGCAGAUUAUCGUCGAAAUGGUGUUGAACAACGAGCAGAAGGAGUAA